UGUUCCGGAGUGGGAAUGGACAGUGUCGCCUGCGAUCAAAAGGACUUUCAACUGCAGUCAAGGGGCCUUUAAGCUGCGGUCCUGAAGAUUUUAAGCUGAAGACUUGCCCUCUCUUGCUGAGACACAAACACGCAAAUACACACACACACACACACACACACACACACACACACACGCAACACACACACACUUAUCACUGGGUGUCCUGUUCCUUCCUGACUUAAUACAUUCUUUCCUCUCUAAAUAAACAAACACCGCCACCACCGCUAACAUCCAGUCCACAAACACCCACACCAAUAAAAAGAGAAAGUGGAUCAGGAGGAGGUGACGGAGGUGGAGGACCGACAGCAAGAUCAGUGGAGCAGCAGCCUCUCGACCUCCACGCCUCUGCCUCUCUCUCGGGACACGUAAAGAAAAUCGACUUCUGCUCACAGCGACCUUCCAUUCAUUCCGGAGGAGAGGAAGACAAGGAGACGAGUGGAGAAGGAGAGGAGGGGACGUUGGAGGAAGAGGAAGGAAGGCUGGAAUACGAGUAGUUUAAGGAAGAAAGAGAAGGAAAAAGAAGGUAGUUAGAAAAGCGGAGUGAAAAAGAGGAGGAGAUUGGAAAGAAAAGUCUUGAAGGAGGAUGUGGAAGAAAAACUUCAAAUCCUCUUUAUAAAGAAUCUGUGACGCUUUGCUGGGUUUUCUGUGCCUCAGUAACACAUCUAGCGCAGCUCUGGGCAUCCCCCUCCCCUCCCCUGAGAGUGUGUGCGUGAGGGCAAGGGACUCCGGGCACGGCUCAACGAUGUGGAGGCCGCGCGGUGCUGUUCCUGGUAACUAAGCAAGCCUCAGGUGAUAUCAGUGGUUUCCCGGCCGGCCGAGGCACCCACACCCUCAUGCCACCUCUGACAGGGAUGGAACCGGCCCAGUAUGUGUACGUGGGCACAGAGUGGGAGGCCAGCCCGUCCCCUGCGGUUAGAGACUCUCCCCUGCUACAACCGUACGUGAAGCAGAGCAGCAUGUAUAGCGCAGACUACCCCGAGCAUGGACUGGAGGGCGGCUUGGACCGCGCCCUCCUCCUUAACUAUAACGACACUAACCUCACAGACUCGGCCGCAGACAUCCCCGAAAGCCUGACGGAUAUUAACAUGACGCAACUCAUCGCCUACUCGCUACUCUUCCCGCUGGCAGCCGUCGGGAACCUGUUAGUGUUUGUGGCGCUCUUCAGAAAUCGACACCGCAAGUCCAGAGUCAAUAUGAUGAUCCUCCACCUCUCCCUCGCCGACAUGAUCGUCACCUUUGUCUUCCUGCCCACGGAGAUCACCUGGCACGUUACUAUUGAGUGGGUCUUCGGUAACUUCGGAUGCAAGGUGUACAAGUUCCUGUCGGCCUUCGGGUUCUACAUGUCAUCGAUGGUGCUCGUGUGCAUCAGUCUGGACAGGUACUUCGCCGUGCUGCACCCGCUCAAGGUGAAUGACGCCCAGCGGAGGGGGAAGAUAAUGCUGUUCUUCGCCUGGCUCAUCUCGGCGGUGAUCUCCCUCCCCCAGAGUGUUAUCUUCAACGUGCAGCCUCACCCGAGCUACCCCGACUUCUACCAGUGUGUGACGUUUGGGUUCUUCGACAAAAACAACGGCGGGGAGAUGACCUACACAGUGUUCUGCAUCUCCUUCCUCUACUUCAUCCCGCUGUCCAUCAUCAUCAUCGCUUACACCCGCAUCAUCAUCGAGAUCAGCAGGAAGAGUCGAGACACACAGACGGACACAGCGCGUGGAGGGAGAUACCACGGGCGGCUUCAACUCCGCCGCAGCAACAUGUCCAACAUCGAGAGGGCGAGGACGAGGACCCUAAGAAUGACCUUCAUCAUCGUCAUGGCCUUCGUCUGGUGCUGGACCCCCUACGCCCUCGGCACGCUAUGGAACUUCAUCGACCCCAAAACCUUCUACAACAUGAACAAACACGUACAGGACAUCCUCUUCAUCAUCGCCGUCAGCAACUCAGUAGUCAACCCCAUCAUCUACGGCCGCUACUCCAUCAGCUGCUGCCGGGGCCUGUGCGACCAAGCGGGGGACUUCUGCUGCCUCUGCUGCUGCUGCUGUGGCCAGGGGCGGCGGGGGGGGCACCACCGGCUGGAGUCCCUCGUCCCGCCCCCCACGCCCCACUCAUACAAGAGCAACGGGAACUGUCAGGGAUCGGCGAACACGCGUAGCACCGUUUACAACUCAACGAGGGACAGAAGAGCAAUGGGAGUCAUGUUGCAGGUCAAGGUGAGGUCGCUGCUUCAGGAGUGGAACAGAGGCUCGCAAAAGUCGCAAGAGGGGGCAGAAAUGGCCACGAUGGUCCCUCUCUCGCUUCCCUUCCCCCCGCCCCCUAAGCCCCCACCCUCAACGCCCACGGCCUCCCACGCCCGCCCACGCAUCCCGCCCCUCGAGACCCACCCCGAGGAAGCCGAUGGGUCCUCCGGGUACGGGUCUUGCCACGCCCACUCCUUCAGAAGCCAUCACGACCCGGCCACCCUCGACCACCCCCGCCCCCGGGUCUGGGAGAACCACCACUCCUGUUAGGGUUAGGGUAGGCUCCCCGUCACUCCCACCCCUCACGCCGCCUCGCUCGCUUUCUUUUUUUAGCUACUCAUCUUCUUACUUUUUUUUUUUUUACAACAAAGGAGACAGCUUAAGGGCACAAAAAAGGAAACAAUAAUAAUAAAAAAAAAAAACGCUACGCGCUUCUCCUCCCUCAUUUCCUCACCCCCUUCUCCUUUCUCUCUCUUCCCUCCCUCAUUCAUUCAAUUCUCCUUUAUCUCUCCUCCUUUAUCUCCUCCCUCAAACCCCUCCUUUCUCUUUCCCUCACUCCCUUCCCUUCUUCUUUCUCACUCCUUAAUCUCUCCCUUGAACCACUCAAUUCUUAGUUAUUCCUUUCCUCCCUCACUCACUCACUUCUUUCUCUCUCCUCCCUCCCUCUCUCACUCACUUCUUUCUCUCUCCUCCCUCCCUCACUCACUCACUUCUUUCUCUCUCCUCCCUCCCUCUCUCACUCCCUUCUCCUUUCUCUCUUUCCCUCAAACCCCUCACUUUUUAGUUACUCCUCUCCUCUCUCCAUCCCUCCAUUCCCCUUUCUCUCUCCUCUCUUUCUCUCCCCCUCUUUUCCCUCUCUUUCUCCUCCCUUCUCUCCAGUAUCUAUUUCCCCUCCUUUGUUUUCUUGGUCUCCCUUUUCUAUCAGUUUCCUUCCCACUUCUAUUUUACUUGAAGAUUUCCUUAACACUUAAGUCACUUUCCUCCUCCCUUUCAUAUUUUCAUUAAUCCUCAGCAUAUUCCUUAUUAGUCCCCUCUUCAUCCUCCCCUCGUAACGCUGUCCCCUCCUCCUCCUCUCCCCUAGAGCGUUAAUAUUCCUUUCCCUCCCUGUCCUCCCCUCCGUCUUGACCCAUUACCUCAUCUUAAUAUUCCUCCCUUCCCCCUCCUCCCCUCCUCUGUGACCCAUUCCUCUCAUCUUAAUAUCACUACUAAUCUUCCUGCCAAUUAGUUCCUCUCCCUCCUCUCCCUUCCCUCACCGUCCUCCCUCUCCCCUCACCUUCCCCCUCCCCCUCUGAUCUAGGGUCAUUGUCACUGUUUCCCCCCCCCCCCAUAGAUAAGAUCACGCCCCCUUCCCCUCACCCCCUCCCCUUUCCUCCUCCAAUAAACACCAUGACCCCUCUUUUUCCCUCCCGUCUCCUCCUCUUCCUUUUCCUCUCCCUUAUUUUAAUAUAAUUUUCCCCCUUCUCCUCUCAUUUUUUUAAGGAUAUUUCCCUUCUAUCUUUUUCCCUGCCUCUAACGCUUUCCCUCCCCUUCCCUUUCUUUCUCCUCUUCCUCUUCUUUCCUCCAAGUUUAAUUUCUUUCCUUUUUCCCUUUUUUUCUUAAUUGUUUUAUGACCCAGUUCCCUUAACCUCUUUUUAUCUUCCUAUUAUGUAUUCCCUUUACCUCCUCUCUUCAUCCGUUUCCUUUCCCUUUUUUCUCUCCCUUUAACUUUUUCCCUUCUCUCCCCUUCUUUUCCUUUUUGCUUUAAGACCACCUUUCCUCUGCCCUAUUCCCUCCCUUCUACAAUGCUUUCCUUCUGUUUACCCUCCUCAUCCGUUUACUCAUCUUUCGCUUUUUUUUCCCCUCAUUUUAACUUCCAUCUUUCUCCUAUUUUUAUUUUAUUUUAUUCCCAUCUUUCGUCUGCCCUACUCCCUCCUUUUCAUAAUGCUUUCCCUCUGCCUCAUCUCCUCAUCCGAUUUCCCAUCUUCCCCUUUUUCAUCCUCAUUUUAAUUUCUUCCUUUUUUCUCCUCCUUUUCUGUAUUCCUUUAUACCCCCUUUCCGCUACUUUAUUCCUCCCCUCUAUAAUAAUUCCCUCUUCAUAUUCUCCUCCUCCGUUUCCCCUCUUCCCCUUUUUCCCCUCACUUUAACUUCUCCCUUCUUUCCCUUCCCUUUCCUUAACGUUUUAUGACCCUCUUUCCUUACUUUUCCCACUCGUUUGUAAUGCUUUACUGCUACCCUAUCAUCAUUCGUCUCUACUACUUUUUCCCCUCAUCUUUAACAUUUACAUUUCUCUCUUUUUCCUCUCUCAGUUUUAUACCUCCUCUAACACUCCCCUCUUUUACCUUCUCUCUAACACUAUUCUCAUUUCCCGCCCCUCUGAGACUAACCUAAAGUCCCCUUCUCUAAAAUUACCCUUAUUUCCCAUCCUUUUAAUUAUUAUCUUAACCCCUUUCUCAUAUGUUUCCUCUCUCCCCUCCCUCCUCCUUUCGCCUCAAUUUCAUACAUCCCGCUCUCACCCCCUCUCCUCCCCUUUCAUUCCAUUCCCCCUCUCCCCCUUCCUCCCUCACCCCUCAUCAUAGCAAUGCUCCCCUCAAUAGGGUGAUAUGGGAUAAGGUCAAUGAGGGGAAGACGAAAGGUUCUGCUGAUUAUGGUUCCUCGUAAAAAAGGUCACCAAGCCGUGGGGGUGGCACGUGUGUUGAAAGGAAAAUUACAAAAGUGAGGGGAAAUGAAGGGGAGUGAGGGGGAGUGGU